GGAUCACUUCCCAGGAGUCCAAGGAGGCCAUCCUGGGCUGCGUCUUGUGCAUUCUCAACAUGCACAAGAAGGUGGACAACAACUAAAUCCCCGAGUGCAGCUUGGACUUCUUUUUAUUUUUUUUUAUUUUAUCAUUCAGGAGCGAACAUGUCGGAGAGCAUCGUGAGGAAAAUCCAGCCGUUCACCAUCGGGACCAAACUCUCGGCGCCGGCCGUGCCGAAGUGCUCGGACUUUCCCGAUGGCUUCCUUCCAAAGACGUUCUCGGAUAACUGCAAACUGAGGCACCUGAACGAACAGGUGUCUCUUUAUCUCGGCCGUGACAGACACUGCGGAGCUGCGGCGAAGCAUCGACGCGAAGAGUCCUCCGACGAUCACCUGAACCGAAACGCGGUCUCUCCGCCGAACGCUGCGUCCAGAUCCAUUCGUAAGAUCACCAUCUCCAGCCGGAUGGAGGCUGCGAAAGAAAGACUGACUCCAGGGAUGGAGCUGAAGAAAAUGAGAGCAAACUCUGAGAAUAUUAAUAACAAUAACAACAUCACUUCCUCCGACACGCAGCUGCCUAAAAUAGUGGGUGUCAGCUGUGAGAAUAAACCCAGCUCACAGUUCAAGGUGCUGCUGUGUAAAGAGGGUGAAAAGCAGUGCAGUGGUGACAAAGAGAAAUUGGCUGCUUCUCCACAGACCCAGAUACUCAAAAGCCAAGCAAGAAAGGAUGCGGUGGACAGUCUGUCCGGUGAACUCGGAGACGCGUGCUCGGUUGCAGAAGUCACUUCGGGGCAGAAUGAACGCAGAUUUGCUCAACAGAACGCCGUCUUCAAUAAGGAGAUCGCUCAGGCAGAGACGUGGAUCAGAGCGAAGCUUCGAGACCUGAGGGACACCAGUAACGUCCACAGAUGUCCUCUGACCGACUGGGAGGAACUUUGUCAAACCCUCCAGAGAGAUCUGAAGGACUUCGAAAACACAGUCAUACAACUCAACCAGAUGGGAGAGCAAUUAAUGUGCAAGCUUAACCCGACGUCUGACCUGGUGAAGAAACAGCUGGCUCAGCUCCGCGACCAAUGGAGCGCGCUCAAACUGACGGCAGCCAAUCAAAUCAAGGCCAUGGGCGGGGCUAAGACUCUGCAGGAGUUUAAUAAGAAGGUGGACCGUCUGGAGGCGUGGAUCAAAGAGAAGCAGGAGCAGGAACAAUCGCUGGCCAGCAUCCUAGGGGAAAACACUGACAAGAUGCAGCUUACCAGGAAGAUACUGGAUUUGAAACAGGAUGAGCAGCUGUAUCAUAAUCUUCACGAGGAGAUCAAUCAUAUGGCCCUCAGACUGGAAAAACAGGGAAAGACGGAGGGAAAGACCAUCUCAGCCCGCAGGAAACACAUCAACAAAAUGUGGCUAAAGGCGCAGUCUCACUUGAAGGAAUAUCACCAGAAUCUUCAGCUUGCUCUCGAAGUCUCGUCUUUCUACCAGCAGGCCGAUAACGUUGUCGGUUGCAUCAACAACAUGGGAAAAGGCCUCUCUGCAGGCGGCGGAGCGGAGAGCGCCAGGGACGGGGAAAUUCGGGACGUCGCCAGUCAAAUCAUGAUGCUGGAUGUGAGCGUUUCCCAGCUCUCCAACCUGCACCCGGCGCUGGCGGCCCGCGUCACGCAGAAGCAGAGCGAGGUGAAAGACCGCUGGGCUUUCCUCCAGAAGACUCUCAGGAACGAGAAGGCAGCUCCGCUCCCCUCCAUCCCCUCAUUAACCAGAGACGGCAGUGACCCUGAAACCCCCGGCCAAGAGCCGCCCGGCAGCGUGGGAACAGACCCACACAGGAUUAUGGGAAAGGAGGUUAAAGAGGAACAAAACCGUCUGAAGGGGUUUACGGCCGGGAGAGACUCGGAGCGCUGCGGGAAGCCCUCAGACAGCCGGGAUGCAGCGAGAGCCACGGCCGCUGAAAGCGGGAGCUCGGCGAGGCCCGAGUCCAGCGGACACACGCCGCUCCACACGCAGCUCCAGAAGUUCACCGUUUCUGCAGACAAGACUCUCUCCUGGCUCAAAGACAGCGUAGCGAUGGCCACUCAGAUCUGCAGCUUGGCCGGGCCGAACGGCUUCGAAGCAGCCAAGAGGCGUCAGGCCUCACUGGAGCAGGAUAUCCUGUCCAACAGAGCCAGGAUAGAGCUGGUCAAGAAGGAGGGUCACAGUCUGGUGCGAGCUCAGCAUCCGGGCAGCAUGAAGAUCCAGGAGUUUCUGAGUCAGCUGGAGGUUCUGUGGGAAGAGCUGAAGAGAAGACACGAGAGGAACGGUCUGGUCCUGAAGGUCUCAGAGGAGCUCAACUAUAAGGUGGUGCGUAUGCUGCAGUCUCUGGCCAGUCUGGAGGCCUGGUUGGAGGCGGUGGAGCUGUCCAUCAGGCAGGCGUCUCUGGCUGGAGACCCCGAGUCCGUGAGCGUGGCGGAGCAGGAGAGCUGUCAGCUGGAGCGGGAGCUGGAGGCCAGGCGGCUAGAGCUGAAGAGCCUCAGACAGGAAGUAGAUCAUCUGAGCGCUCAAAGGCAUCUUCACACUCAGCUGCUUCCCGCGCGCCUGAAGGACGUGGAGGCGAAGUUCAACAGUGUGCAGAUUGCGCUGACCCAGCAGAGCUCGGAGCUGAAGGACACGCGGAUGCUCACCGAGUUCCUGGAGAAGGUGGAGCUCGAGGAAAGUCACUACAGCACCCUGGGACAGCCGCUGUGCAGUGAGCUGGACUCUGGACCGUCUCUUCUGGGCUUGCCGGUGAGCGCACACCAUGAGCCCUUGAUGGAAGCCAUUGGGAACCCUGUGAAGGAGCUCAGAGAAGCAGUGGAGAUGCUCAACGACACGGCGCGGGAGAGGGGCCGCUCGCAGUCACACGACCAGAGCAUCCAGGAGCUGCUCUCCAGGCAUGCCGCGGUGUCGGCGCGCGUGGAGCAGUGUCUGCAGCGCUGUGCCGAACUCGCCGUAGACGUGCUGGAGGUGGAGAGUGAGAUGGCUGUGAGAUGUGAGCCAGAUCGCUGCGGCCUGGAUGAGCUGCAGGAGUACCAGGACCAGCUGGAGACUGAAUACAGGCUCUUGGAGGAGGAGGUGGAGGCCAUGGUGAGUCUGGCCAGCCGUCUGUCAGACGUGUGUCCGGAGAGGAUGAACGCUGUCGGGACUGAGAUUCAGACCAGCUUGAACGCCUGGGACGACCUCUGCAGAAGCGUAGCUGAAAACAAGAAGAGACUCCUGCAGUUUGGACACCUGCGCCAUUUCUUCAGGAACUACUUGGCUAUGAUCUCUUGGACAGAAGACACCCGCUCCUGCAUUUUCUCAGAAAGCGCUCUGCGUCAAAGCCGAGAGAACCAGGAGCCUCUGGUGGAGGUUCUGGACCGACAGAUCGAGCAGAAGUUCGAGGAGUUUGAUCAGCUCGCCGUGGCUGGAAAGAAACUCUUUGAUGACAAGCAUCAUCUCAACAAAAUGAUCAGAGAGAGGAUGGAGGAGCUGAGGAGCAUGCUGGGAUGGAUCCUGGUUCACUGGAGGGCUCAGAAGGAUCAGCUGUUGGGCAGACAGAAGGCCGAAGAAGCUCAGACGGACGCUAUUUACUCCGAGGCUACAUUCUGCAGCCCGCAGGCACAGGUGGAAACCUCGCCUGAGGUCUCUCAGAACAGAACAGAAAGCCUCACAAGUGCUCCCCCUGGUGACGUGGAGGACGGUCUGCAGCACAAUUAUGGAUAUGAGGUGAUGCAGAGUGUCAGUCCUAAAGGAAGCGAUGACGGAGGUCCUUUAGAGAAGCCGGACUCACCGUACCUGGUGCUAAAGGAACCCAGUCCCUCGGCUUUAGGAGGCACCGUCAACCUCAUCCUCAGCUUCAGUAACUCUGGAGACACACAGAUCCAGGUACAGGCGCCUGGCAGGGAAGGCGUCCCGGUGCCCGAACCUGUGCACAGGCCUGCCGAGUCUCACUCUUCUGCCUCUAAAAGCUUUUGGAAGCGCUGCCAGGGGCUUUUUGGUAGUUUAAAGCGAAAGAAACAGAUUUAUCGACACAGUGCAGAAGAGGACCAGUCCAUGAGCCUCCUUUCUGUUCAUAUGGGAUUGGAUGGGACCAAUAACAAUAAUAUCCAGAGUGGAAGACAAGAAGCGGAACUGCCAUCAAUGGAAGGAACACUGGAGAGGAAACACAAACUACAACUGGGUGGAAAGAAGGCACCAUGCAGGGCGUGGAACUCCUAUCAUGCUGUGCUAUACAAACAAACAAUAUGUUUCUAUCAGGACAGGAAAGAUACACUCAAGAGCUGUGUGACCAGCCUUCCUCUGAAUCUAAUUGGAGCGGUGUGUGAACCAUCGCCAGAGUACACCAAAAAACCCAACUGCUUCUGCUUGAGAUUACGGGACGGAUCUGAGUAUCUCCUCAGUGCAUCGUCCCGAUUUAUGAUGAAGAAAUGGAUCCUCAGAAUCCAAGCACAUACUGCAUCUAGCGAUUCUGUAGCGAGCAGAUCAGCAAGUUAUGGGUCUUCAGCUUCAGCGUCGCUCCCUCGACAUUCUCCUGCUGUCAGCGACAGUCAGUGUGGAGAUAAAUGUCACUGCCCCAUGAGAAAUUAUGUCACCACCACAGUUUUAGCCCAGAGUCAGCCCGCUUCAGGACGAACCAAAGAGAUCAUAGUUCACACCAGUGACUCUCUGCAGAUCCACCGAAGGCAUCAGGAUCUGCUCCUUCCCUCGUUCUCAGAUGCGGGUCAUUGUGAGGAUGAGUUCGACUCGCAUGGCGAGUCUCUGAGACAGAAACCGUCCUGCAUGUCCACUCUUGAGGGCUGGACCGGCGAAAAGAGACGCUCACACUCCUUUACCUCGGCCACGUAUCAGAGGAUCAGGCCUGUAGCGCCCCCUUCAGGCCAGGGCCAGGACAGCAGCUCCAGCUACUCUGUGACUCUGUUCAUUGGAGACGGCGAGAUGCCAUCGGUGCGUAAAAGCGCAGAGAGAGCGUCACCAAACAGCGUCCGGCAGCAGCCCUCCUCCGAUCCGCCCACGAGGAGCUACAUGAGCCUCCCGCGACCCCCCAACAAAUCCGUCUUCAGGAAGUUCUUCGGGAAAAAGGAGUGACGGACGAUUUCUGUGACGCCGCAGGUCAAACACCCAGACUGACAUGUGCAGGGCACAAGUUUUUCUUACGCUUAUUUAUGGAUCUGUUGGGAGAACCGUUUGUUUGUCCUUCUUGAAUGAGGCCUUAUAUGAUUGCGUUGCUGCGAGAUCUUCUCACUUCCUCGGCGGCCCCGGGAUCACGGAUGGUUUAGUCAAAAACGUUUGUCAUCGGUUACUCACCCUCAUGUUGUUCCAAACCCGCAUGACUCUUUCUUUCGUGGAGCGUUAUGCAUUUAGCUGCGCUUUUUAUCCGAAGCAAAUUACAGAGGAACGAAAAAAAAGAUCACCGAGCCAAUAUUUGUAAUAUGCGACCACCGGCAGGUUUAUUAAUCUAUUGAGAAGCAGGCUAGAAAAGAGGAGAAACACAGGAGCUGAAAUAUUUAAAGAACAACGAAGCCCAAAAAUGCACCAAAAGUAAAUACACUACAUCUUAAUAUUGCUAUAAUACAUAAUAAAUUGUAUUAAAUUAUAUUAUAAUAUAUUAUAAUAAUAUAAUAUAAUUAAUAUCGUAUAAUAUAUUGGUCUAUUAAAUCCAACACAUUUUUAUUUUAUUUUAUUUUUGCCAUUUUCGUUUUUAUUUAAACAAGAAUUGAGAGAAAGAGAGAGGGGACAGGGAUGGGGAAGGUCCGCUAGUUAGGAUUCGGGAAAAAAUAAUAAUAAGUUAAAUGUAAAAACCGUGAAUUUUCCUGACCCGGUCCGCUUUUGUUACUUAAAAUGUGUUUUCAAGUCUCACUUUGUUGCAGAAUGCACCUGCCUAGACGUCUUUAACGGCCGUAAUCACAUAAACGAACUCGCUCGGGUGCGUUUAAUCAGGCUCUGUUUUAAAGUCGCGAAGGAUUAGACCCAACGUACUUCCAAAAAAUGACGAACGCCACCAAAUAGGAACAUCACGAGAGUGAGUAAUAAUCUAUUCGCGCUAAAAACGAUUUCAUAUCACGUUAAAGGUUAUAGCUACCGGCAUUGGUGUGAACUUUCACUUGUGGACGAACUCUUCCUUCAACCUCACCAUCUGCUGAGAUUUCAUCUUUCGAGUGCGGUUCGCCGUGGAUGUGAUGAUCUACCGAUACGAGACUUUGGAUACGCAAUGCGUCCGGUGUUCCCGCCACAUUCCACUCUGUGUGGUUUUCAGUCCCGUGUGUUUAGUGUUUCUGGCGUGGGCUGUGUUUUCUCCGGGGGUUCAGUAUGUCCACUCAUUGUGUCGUUGCUCCGAGGUUUUGGCACGUAUCGUUUGUCAGCUUGUCGUGUUUUUCUGUCGGCUGGUUUGAGUUCCGUGUGGUCUUACAGGCACCGUUCGGCCCAAAAAACCAAAGCUGUCGUUAUUUAUUUACUUGAGGGUAAGUAAAUGUUGACGGUAAUUUACAUUUUUGGCCAACCGUCCCCUUUAACGUGUGCUUUUCCAGACUAAACGUUUGAUUCAUGUACUCGCGUUGCUUUCUGUAUUUAAACUAAUGCAGUGUGUCAGGAUGUUUUUAUAAGAAAAUGUUUUUUUAACUGUCCGGGUCGUGCAUGAUCUUUUGAGGUCGGCGACAUUUGUACGCCGUUUUAAACAUGUAAUGCGUUAUUUUAGAUAUUUUUAUUGUUCAGAUUGUAAAAAAUUGGUUAAAUUGUGCCUCGAACGUAAUGUUUUCAUUGUAAGCAUUGUAAGAGAAUAAGAUCAUUACAGCAGUUUGAAUGAGAA